AUGAGCGAAUCCAACCCAAAUAGUGCCCCCCAGGUCCCUAGCGGCUGGGUGGCCAAGUUCGACGACAAAUACAAGACGUGGUUUUACGUCAACCUCGACACCAAGAAAUCACAAUGGGAGGCCCCUAAAGGAACGGUGUUCCCAGACAAGGCGCCAGACGUUCCUCCUCCAGCAUACGACGACAAGAAGUCUGCUCCAGCCGCUCCAGCCGCUCCAGCCGCUCCAGCCGGCCACCAGCCCCCCAAGGGCCAGGAAAGGGCGUUCGGUUUUGGCGGUGGCCACCGUCCUCCCCAGCAAGGCUAUGGCCAGGGCUACGGUGGCGGCUAUCCACCACAGGGACCGGGCUACGGCUACCCACCACAAGGACCAGGUUACGGUUACCCACCACAAGGACCCGGUUACGGCUACCCACCACAGGGACCGGGCUACGGCUACCCGCCACAGCAAGGCUACGGCGGAUACCCACCCCAACAGCAGCAAUACGCCCAGCAAGGCAGACAGAGCAGCGGCAUGGGCAAGAUGGCCAUGGGUGUCGGAGGUGGUUUGUUAGGUGGUAUGAUGUUGGGCAGUGCCCUUGACUCCUAUGGAGACCACCAGUACCAAGAGGGUAUGGAACAAGGUUAUGACAACGGUUACGACAACGGUUACGACAACGGCUAUGACAACGGUGGCGGUUUUGAUGACGGUGGUGGUUUUGACGGAGGUGACUUCUAG